UGUGGCAUAGCAGCUAUGCAGCUUGAAAUCCAAGUAGCACUGAAUUUUAUUAUUUCAUAUUUGUACAAUAAGCUUCCCAGGAGACGUGUCAACAUUUUUGGUGAAGAGCUUGAAAGACUUCUUAAGAAGAAAUAUGAAGGGCACUGGUAUCCUGAAAAGCCUUACAAAGGAUCAGGGUUUAGAUGUAUACAUGUAGGGGAGAAAGUGGAUCCAGUGAUUGAACAAGCAUCCAAAGAGAGUGGUUUGGAUAUUGACGAUGUUCGUAGCAAUCUGCCAGAGGAUCUUAGUGUUUGGAUCGACCCAUUUGAGGUUUCCUACCAAAUUGGUGAAAAGGGACCAGUGAAGGUGCUUUAUGUGGAUGAUAAUAAUGAAAAUGGAUGUGAGUUGGAUAAGGAAAUCAAAAACAGCUUUAACCCAGAGGCCCAGGUUUUUAUGCCCAUAAAUGACCCAGCCUCUUCAGUGUCCAGCUCUCCAUCGCCUCCCUUUGGACACUCUGCUGCUGUAAGCCCUACCUUCAUGCCCCGGUCCACUCAGCCUUUAACCUUUACCACUGCCACUUUUGCUGCCACCAAGUUCGGCUCUACCAAAAUGAAGAAUAGUGGCCGGAGCAACAAGGUUGCGCGUACUUCUCCUAUCAACCUCGGCCUGAAUGUGAAUGACCUCUUGAAGCAGAAAGCCAUCUCUUCCUCAAUGCACUCUCUGUACGGGCUGGGCCUGGGUAGCCAGCAGCAGCCACAGCAGCAGCAGCAACCAUCCCAGCCGCUGCCGCCACCACAGCAGCAGCAACAGCAGAAAACCUCUGCUCUUUCUCCUAAUGCCAAGGAAUUUAUUUUUCCUAAUAUUCAGGGUCAAGGUGGCAGUACUAAUGGAAUGUUCCCAGGUGACAGCCCCCUUAUUCAGUACAGUAAUGCCUUUGAUGUACUUGAGGCCUAUGGUGACCUCAACGAGAAGUCUUUUGUAGGUGGCUUAAAUUGCUUAAAUAACGUACAGUAUUCUAACCAGCAAUUCCAGCCUGUUAUGGCUAACUAAGAAAACAAAAAAGUG